AGAAGCUUGCAUCUUGCUCGAUCUAUUGUUGCUGUGAUGAAUCUUUACUCACAAUUAUUGAAAGCAUAAUGAGACAGUUUUGCUUCGGUUUGUUCCUGUAUCUGCUAGUAUGCACACUUCCAACGGGCACCGAGUCGAAGAAGAGCAACCGGUCAGCCCUUUUAGAUAAUCUGUUGGAUGAGUACGGCCCAACAUCUCUAAGACCGGUUCACAAUUACUCCACGAAAGUCACCAUACACUUCCGUCUCCUGAUUACCCAAGUCAUCGAGCUGAAUGAAAAAGAUCAAACAAUACAGAUUAGCGGAUGGCUUGGACAGAUUUGGGAGGAUGAGUUCCUGGCUUGGAAUCCUGCUGAACAUAAUAAUGUGACAAGAUUGUUUGUUCACACUUCCAAAAUGUGGGUGCCAGAUAUCACGCUGUAUAAAAAUGUGGACAUAAACUUCGAGAGUUACAAGGAUAUCAACGCCAAAGUGAGCUACACUGGUUUGGUCGACUGGAGUACACCAGUUAUCCUCAAAUGCACUUGCAACAUCGACGCUCGACUGUAUCCGUUCGACGUCCAGGUUUGCGAGUUGAAGUUCAGCGCAUGGGCGUAUGACGGUGCCGAAGUAGAUCUCGUUCAAAUCGAAGGACCGGUUUCUACGCAGAACCAGUUCCGUGAUGACAGUGUGUGGGAACUCAUCAAGGUGGAUGUGGUUCGCAGAGAGGUGCUUUAUCCUUGCUGUACCACCCCCUUUCCUGAUCUUGGGUACUUCAUUCAUCUCCGGAGACGGUCUCUUUUCCACGUCUUGAACAUCAUUAUACCAUGCCUGCUGCUGUCUGUCCUGAACCUGAUGGUGUUUGUUCUGCCCCCCGAGUCGGGUGAGAAGAUUCAGCUCGGGAUGACCAACUUGCUAGCUCUUGUGCUCUUCCAGCAGCUCAUCACUGACAACCUGCCACCAACGUCCGCAGACAAAUCUCCUAUAAUAACUUUCUACUUUACUCCAAUGAUUGUCCUUGCUUGCACUUCAAUCAUAUGCACUGUGCUAGUACUCAAGCUGUUCUACCACAACGACCGACGCCCAGUGCCACGCUGGCUUCAUCACACCACUUCCAAGCUUUCUCGUGCCGUUCUCUACAAGCUAAAAUCCCGCCGUUUUAAUGAACUGCCUUUCGGUGUGGACCCUGGAGCAGCAGAGCAGCGGUUACCACGAGAGUCUGGUGAUGAGUCCGAAGGUAGUGACGAUGUCAUCGAGACAAGCAACGGCAAUAAAACACGCUGUCGUGCCUGUACGGCUCAGCACUCCCGUAAAGACGGGCCUUUGGGUAACGAUACAGCCGUAGACAUCAAAGUAAACGGGAGCCUGCCAGGUCUUAAGGAUAAGGGGACACAUGGGGACAGUGACCUAGAUUGGAAGGAUGUAGCCUUGGUUAUUGACCGGGUCGCACUUGCCUUGUCAGUCACUGUCACGAUAUCCUCACUUAUCCUUACUGUUGUUCUCUUCCUUUUGGGAUAACAAAA